CCCAGCUGACCACCCUUAGGCAUGCAGCUGCAUGAUUAGCAGUUGCUGAUCAACUCCUAUUUUUAAAGGUUAAAGAAGAAUGGUAAAGAGGAAAAAAAUGGUGCACUGCUUUAAUGAAUCAGUUGCUUUGUUAAACCUGCCAUGGGAAGGAAACAGAAGGGCAUCAAACUUUUUACAGCAAGACUUCAAGACACAGUGACAUUCCAAGGCACAGUGACAAGCUCACAGGCUGAAGAAUGAAUCAAAGGCAAACCCUACAUUCAGCUCUUGGACUGGUACCAGAAUCAAGGAGAACUACAAUGUUAAGGUGGCAUCACAAGGACAGUGAAGACGAUGGGCACCCAGAGUGGUAUGGAGGAGAUGAAGAAGGCAGGCAGCACAGGCUGACCCCAUUUGAGAAACUAAUGCAGGAUAUGUCCCAGAAUGAAAAAGUGGUGAAAGAAUUAACCUUGGGAAAGAGAAUUGGCUUCUAUCGAGUCAGAGGAGAAAUAGGAAGUGGUAAUUUCUCGCAAGUGAAGCUUGGAAUUCAUUCCCUAACCAAAGAGAAAGUUGCAAUUAAGAUUUUGGACAAGACAAAGCUAGACCGGAAGACUCAACGUUUGCUAUCUCGUGAGAUAUCCAGCAUGGAAAAACUGCACCACCCAAAUAUCAUCAGACUAUAUGAAGUGGUGGAGACACUCUCCAAACUCCACCUGGUGAUGGAGUAUGCAGAAGGUGGGGAGCUCUUCACUAAAAUCAGUACAGAAGGGAAGCUGCUAGAAACAGAGUGUAAAAUAAUCUUCUCCCAGAUUGUGUCUGCUGUGAAGCACAUGCAUGAGAAUAAUAUCAUUCACCGGGACUUGAAAGCAGAAAACGUCUUCUACACUAGUAACACCUGUGUUAAAGUGGGAGACUUUGGAUUCAGCACAGUAAGUAAAAGAGAUGAAACUUUAAAUACUUUCUGUGGCUCUCCUCCUUAUGCUGCCCCUGAACUCUUCCGAGAUGAAAACUAUGUUGGCAUUUAUGUAGACAUUUGGGCACUGGGAAUCCUGUUAUACUUCAUGACGACGGGUAUCAUGCCGUUCCAGGCAGAUACAGUGGCCAAACUGAAAAAGAGCAUUCUUGAAGGGACAUACAGUUUGCCUCCCUGCCUCUCAGAAACUUGCCAGAAACUGAUAAGAGGAGUCCUUCAGCCAGUACCAACCGAACGAUACUCUGUCAAUCUUAUUAUGAACAGUGAAUGGAUGCAGGGAAUACAGUACCCCAAACCUUUACAGCCGUUUAAACUGGAUCCGAAGUACUUAUCAGACAUCAGUACACUCAAAGAGGAAGAAAUAGAAGUGAAAAAUAUUCUGGAAAAUCUGGGAAUCACAGAAGAGCACAUUCAAAAUAACCAGGGAAGAGAUGCGCGCAGCUCAGUAACAGGGGUCUACAGAAUCGUUUUGCACAAAGUACAGAAGAAAAGGGCACUUGAAUGUGUUCCUAUCAUGUCCGAUCCAGACCCCGAAGAGCCAGACUGGAGGAGAGGAACUGGUUCUUACAGCGGGAUGAAGCACACAUCCAAGCUGUGUUCUAUUUUAUAA